AUGGAAGAAACAUUGGCUUGGUUAAUUGAAGAAGUGAAUGAGAGAAAUAAGAGGGAAGUCCAAGCAAUCACCUUGAGGAGCGGGAAAGCACUUCAAAAAGAAAGUAAUACUAGUACCCCCUCAAGGGAUGAUAUUCCUUGCACCUCGAAAAAUGUAAACCCUCCUAACGAAGAAGAGCACCCAGAACCAAAGGACGAUAAGGGAGAGGAUGAGCCUAUAUUGUUGAACAUUGAUAUGCCAUUCGUGGAUGCUCUGGGAGAAAUGCCUCGCUCCGCUAAAUUCCUAAAAGAGUUGUUAUCAAAUAAGAAACGCCUAGAUGAAACUGCCACCAUAGUCUUGGGAGAAGAAUGCUCAGCUCUGCUGCAUAAGGAAAUGCCGCGGAAGCUUAAAGAUCCGCGCAGCUUUACAAUACCAUGCAAUAUUGGUGAUUCUAAGUUUAGCAAAGCCUUAGCAGAUCUAGGAGCAAGUAUCAACUUGAUGCCUUAUGGACUCUACAAUAAAUUGAAGCUGGGAGCAAUGAAACCUACACGGAUUUUCAUUCAACUAGCAGACGGAUCAACUAAGUACCCAAGAGGAGUUGUUGAGGACAUGCUAGUGCGAGUUGACAAGUUUAUAUUUCAGGUAGAUUUUGUCAUUUUGGACAUGGACUCCGACGUCAAGGUACCGCUGAUUCUAGGAAGUCCGUCUCUCGCUACUGCGAGGGCCUUAAUUGACAUGGGCAGUGGAAAAUUGGUAAUCCGUGUAGGGGAGGAUUCGGCAAACAGAUGA